AUGGCAGGAUCUGCACCAGAAGGCACCCAGUUUGAUGCACGUCAGUUCGACCAAAAGUUGAAUGAAGUACUUGAGGGACAAGAUGAGUUCUUCACCUCUUAUGAUGAGGUUCACGAGAGCUUUGACGCUAUGGGUCUGCAAGAGAACCUUCUCAGGGGUAUUUAUGCUUAUGGUUUUGAGAAGCCUUCUGCUAUUCAGCAAAGAGGGAUCGUUCCCUUCUGCAAGGGUCUCGAUGUGAUCCAACAGGCUCAGUCCGGUACUGGGAAAACCGCAACUUUCUGCUCUGGCGUCUUGCAGCAGCUAGACAUCAGCCUUGUCCAGUGUCAGGCUUUGGUUUUAGCUCCAACCAGAGAGCUUGCUCAGCAAAUCGAGAAAGUCAUGAGGGCUCUUGGUGAUUACGUUGGUGUCAAGGUUCAUGCCUGUGUUGGUGGAACAAGUGUCCGUGAGGAUCAGCGUAUCCUCCAAGCUGGUGUCCACGUUGUUGUUGGAACUCCAGGCCGUGUCUUUGACAUGUUGAAGAGGCAAUCUCUCCGUGCUGACCACAUCAAGAUGUUUGUUCUUGAUGAAGCUGAUGAAAUGCUCUCCCGUGGUUUCAAGGACCAGAUCUAUGACAUCUUCCAGCUUCUCCCACCUAAGAUCCAAGUGGGUGUGUUCUCUGCAACAAUGCCACCGGAGGCUCUUGAGAUCACAAGGAAGUUCAUGAGCAAGCCAGUAAGAAUCUUGGUGAAGCGUGACGAGCUCACCCUCGAAGGUAUCAAGCAGUUCUAUGUCAAUGUCGAGAAGGAAGAGUGGAAGCUCGAGACACUCUGCGAUCUCUACGAGACUCUAGCCAUCACUCAGAGUGUCAUCUUUGUGAACACUAGGCGAAAGGUCGACUGGCUGACAGACAAAAUGAGAGGCCGUGACCACACAGUCUCAGCAACUCACGGAGACAUGGACCAGAACACAAGAGACAUCAUCAUGAGAGAGUUCAGGUCUGGCUCAUCCCGUGUGCUCAUCACCACUGACCUCUUGGCUCGUGGUAUCGAUGUCCAGCAAGUCUCUCUGGUUAUCAACUACGAUCUCCCCACUCAGCCAGAGAAUUACCUUCACCGUAUCGGAAGAAGUGGAAGGUUCGGGAGGAAAGGUGUGGCGAUCAAUUUCGUGACCCGUGAUGAUGAGAGAAUGCUGUUUGAUAUUCAGAAGUUCUACAACGUGGUUGUUGAAGAACUGCCUUCGAACGUUGCCGAUCUGCUUUGA